ACUUAUAUUUCUUCUGGAAAUAAGUCUGCUGCCAAGACUUUAAUGGAAUAUCAUGUUGAUGAGACUUUGGAAAUUAAGGAAGAGAUCAUUCUAGAUCAGGACACAAUUACACACCAGAAACGAAAUACAACAAAUGAGCACAAAUUGUGUACCGUAAAUAUAAGAGAAGCUGAUAUUUUCGCUGCGAAGUGCAAACUACUGGCCCUCAAAGAGGAGGAAAUUCAGGAAAAGAAGUACAUAUGCAAAAAGUGUGUUCAAACCUAUAAAUAUAAAACGAGUUUGAUUUUUCAUCAAAAAUUCGAGUGCGACGUCAUGCCACAGUUCAGUUGUAAAUUUUGCAGCCAACCUUUCAAACGAAAAAGUCACAUGAAUGAACAUAUAGUGCAGGUACAUCAUAAGACAAGCUUAAAGAAGUCGGUAUUAACUUAUAAAUGUGACAAGUGUCUUCGUAGUUUCAGUUACAUACGUGGUUUAUUUCAACAUAAACGUUUAAUACACGCGGCAAUAAAAUCAGAAUUUGCUUGCGAUUAUUGUUCUUAUAAAUCAAAACAAAAAGUUAACUUGUCAAAACAUAUAACUUCAAAACAUCUCAAUAAGAAAUCAUUAUUCCGCACGCGAAACUCAAAUUUUUAG